AUGCUGCACCCAAUCCAGUCCACCGCCAUGAGCCGUGACGGCUCGGUCGUGUUUUGCAUCAUAAAGAACAUGAUCCAGGUAUUUCGUUGGGACUCAACGAUGAGCGAGUUUCUGGCCAUAGGUCAAUGGCAAGACGAUCAGGAUAAGACAUUGACUAUCAAAAAAACGGUUUCGGAAGAGCAGCAACGUCAAAUAGCCGAAAACGAAGCCAAAAGACGUAAACUUGACAACGAAGAUGCAGCAGCGUCAGCCGAAAAAAGUGACAAAACCUCCAGCAAACCCAAAGAAGCAAAAGUGCCAGUUCCCGGAGCUGGAGCUCCCCGUGUGUAUAACCAUAUUCGCAACCUGGCGUUAUCAACGGAUGAGAAACUUCUUUUCGCCUGUGCAGACUCUGACAAAGCUCUUGUCAUUUUUGAACUUGACUAUGAAAAGGAUAACUGUUUAGCACUCAGAAAACGCCAACCACUACCGAAAAGACCUAAUGCGCUCACUACUUCUGCUGACGACAAAGAUGUGCUUGUUGCAGACAAGUUUGGAGACGUAUACGCUGUUGAUGCUCACAGCACAGAAGUCAUCGACCCUUCCAACGGUGGUCUGGAGCCAAUUCUGGGCCACGUUUCGCUACUCACAGCUGUGGCAAUUGUCAAGGACGCAGAGGGGAAACAACUGCUUGUUACCGCCGACAGGGACGAACACAUUAGAAUAACGCGCUAUCCUCAAACUUACAUUAUCGACAAAUGGCUUUUUGGCUCUAAACAAUUCAUUUCCACAUUGUGCGUCCCAGAAUGGGCGAAUAAUCUUCUUUUCAGCGCUGGCGGUGACACUUUUGUAAGUGCGUGGAAUUGGCAAACAGGCGAGCUGAUGGAUAAACUAGAGAUUGGUGAACUGUUAGAACCUUACCUAGGAGAUGCUCAGCUGGCACCCAGCAAGUUCCAAGACGAGUCCAAUUCCAUUGUUGAGUACGCUGUGUCAAAGCUGGUGACAUUUUCGAACCUUCCCUACGUGGCAUUUUUUGUCGAGCAAACCAAAGCAUUAUUCAUUUGCAAAGUUGAUCCAUUGGUUGGUAACUUGACUCUCGUGCAGACAAUCGAAAUGUCGCUCAACAUAGUAUCACUAUCCAGCGCGCUUUCGGCUAACACGCUAAUGGUUACACUUGACCACAGUGAAGCAGAGGACGAGCAACUCGCUGCGUAUAUCACUUGGGAUGGUUCUGAGUUCUCUGUGGACGGGAAGAGAAACAUAAGCUUUCACAAUUACAUUAUUGACAACCUCGUGGAAAACCCAUUGGCAAACACGGAAGCCGAAGACAUUUUCCCUCUGUACAACGUUGGAUCCCUGAGGAAGCGUGCUGAGAAUUGA